ACGAUAAGCCUUAUCGUCAGUCGAGAGCCGACCGCCGUGCGGGUCGGACGUAUGCUCGGAUGGGAGAGCUCCAAUACCCCGGCGCGCCAAGCGUCGACGAUGAGAGGCAGUAUCGCGCACCCUUCCGCAGGGCGCCGCAGUACAGGUGGGGGGCGCCGCAGCCUCAGCAGCCCUCGGCCUUCGCCCCGUGGAGGCGGGCCCCCGCGCCGCCACGACCCCCUGACUACAGGCGCAGUGUCUCGUACCCUGGCAAACCCGAGGAGCCUUACCAGGAUCGAGGCGGAUUAGACAACAUGAGAUCACUAGAGCACUACCUGACAGAUAUCAUGAGAGCAGACACAUCUGACCAUAUGAAGGGCAAGUCGCCGUUCUUCCCCGGCGUGGAGGAGGCGGGCGUGGCCAGCGCGGCGGGCGCCGGCUCGCCGUCGGGCCCCGCCGAUCAGACGCAGGACGUCGUCUCCCGGCUCAGCGCUGCCGGGCUGUCAAUGUGCGUGAGCGCGCUAGGGUCGCCGGCGCGUUCGUCGCCCGUGUCUGCGGGCUCGGAGCACGGCGAGCGGUUCAGUCGGAAGGUGUUCGUCGGUGGACUGCCUCCAGACAUCGACGAAGAUGAAAUCACCUCAUCCUUCAGGCGGUUUGGGCCGCUGGUGGUGGACUGGCCACACAAAGCCGAGAGCAAGAGUUACUUUCCGCCCAAGGGAUACGCUUUUCUGCUAUUCCAAGACGAGAGCUCGGUGGCGGCGCUGAUGGAGGCGUGCAUCACGGACGACGACAAGCUGUACCUGUGCGUGUCGUCGCCCACCAUCCGCGACAAGCCGGUACAGAUCCGCCCCUGGCGGCUGGCGGACGCGGACUUCGUGCUGGACGCCAGCAUGCCGCUCGACCCGCGCAAGACGGUGUUCGUGGGCGGAGUGCCGCGCCCUCUCAAGGCUGUGGAGCUGGCGAUGAUAAUGGACCGGCUGUACGGCGGCGUGUGUUACGCCGGCAUCGACACCGACCCGGAGCUCAAGUACCCCAAGGGUGCGGGCCGCGUGGCGUUCUCCAACCAGCAGUCGUACAUAGCGGCCAUCUCGGCGCGCUUCGUGCAGCUGCAGCACGGGGACAUCGACAAGAGAGUCGAGGUGAAGCCCUACGUGCUGGACGACCAGAUGUGCGACGAGUGCGCCGGUGCGCGCUGCGGCUCCAAGUUCGCGCCCUUCUUCUGCGCCAACGUCACGUGUCUGCAGUAUUACUGCGAACACUGCUGGGCGACGAUCCACUCGCGGCCGGGGCGCGAGUUCCACAAGCCGCUGGUGAAGGAGGGCGCCGACCGCCCGCGCGCCGUGCCCUUCCGCUGGUGUUAGAGGGGGC